AUGGUGAAUCAAACAAUUCUGAAUGAAUUCUUCCUCUCUGGACUGUCCGAUAUUCCGGCUCUUCAGCUCCCUCUCUUCCUCCUCUUCCUUCUCAUCUACCUUCUGACAUUGAUCUGGAAUUUGCUGAUCAUCUCCCUCAUAGUCAGUGACUCUCACCUCCACACCCCUAUGUAUUUCUUCCUUGGGAACCUGGCCGGUUUGGACCUCUGUUAUGCCUCAGUCACCGUGCCACGAAUGUUAUUUGACCUUCACACCCAGAGAAGAAAGAUUACCACAAUGGCUUGUAUAACCCAAGUCUCCUUCCUUAUAUUGUUUGUCACUUCUGAGGCUCUUCUGUUGUCUGUCAUGUCCUAUGAUCGAUUUACUGCCGUUUGCAAGCCAUUGCAUUACGUGCAGAUCAUGCGUUGGACAGUGUGUGUACAGUUGGUAUUCAGUGCGUGGUGUCUCAGUUUAAUCAAUUGUUUAUUUCACACACUUUAUGUCUCUAAGUUAACAUUUUGUGCAUCAGAUAUUAUAGAAAGUUUCUUCUGUGACCUUCCCCAGUUGUUCCGGAUCUCCUGCAGUGACAUCUACAUCAACAUUCUGCUCAUCUUUCUUUUUGGUGGCUUCCUGGGAGUCCUUUCUGUAAAAAUGACUUUCAUGCCUUAUGUCUAUAUAUUUAGAACUGUCCUGAAAAUUCAAACAAAGGGCAGAAGAAGUAAAGUUUUCUCUACGUGCUCCUCUCACCUGACAUUGGUCUUCCUAUUUUAUGGUUCUAUUGUGUUAAACUAUUUUCGUCCCAUUGGAAGUCGCCAUUCUGCUGGAGACAAAAUGGCGUCCGUGUUUUACGCCGUGAUUCUUCCUCUUAUCAAUCCUCUAAUUUACAGUCUGAGGAACCAGGAAUUCAGAACAGCGUUACAAGAUGUUGUAGGAAAGGUCACCAUCCCCCAUACAAUAAAAAAUCUAAUCUGA